AUGAUCGGUUCGUUGCUUCGAACCGCGAUGGCGGGAAUCUCGCUCAAGCGGGUGUUCUACACCGUCCUCGUUAUAGGAUUCGUCGUUGUGGGCCUUGUCGCAAUCAACGUCGAACAGCUGCUCAAGAGCUUUCUCCUGUGGCUCAAGAACGACGUGGGCGUGUGGGGUCCCGUCAUCAUGGCCCUCGCUUAUAUACCACUCAAUAUCCUCGCACUUCCAGGCGCUAUCCUCACUCUGGGCGGGGGGUACGUGUUCGGGCUGCUCGUGGGCUUCGUGGCGGACUCGCUCGGCUCCACGGCCGGCGCCACCGCCGCCUUCCUCGUUGGCAAAACCAUCGGGCGCUCAUACGUGUCGGCGAAGCUCAAGGAGUACCCGCAGUUCCAACCAGUCGCGCACGCCAUCUCCAAAUCCGGUUUCAAGAUCGUGCUGCUGCUGCGGCUGGUGCCCAUCCUGCCAUUCAACGUGAUGAACUAUGUGCUCUCCGUCACGCCCAUCAGCCUCUCCUCCUACGUCCUCGCCUCCUGGAUCGGCAUGAUGCCCAUCACCUUCACCUUCGUGUAUCUGGGCACCACCAUUAAAGACAUUUCGGAAAUCGGCUCCCCGGGAGCUGCUGGGGCAUCGCAAUGGACGCACCUGUACUAUCCCACCAUCUACCCCCAAGUCUUGCUGCAUGUGGCAUCUAGCCCCAUUUUCCCUUACCUGUGCCUGCAACUCACUCUCCCCCGUAUGCCCCCCUUCCCUGCCUCCCCCCUUCCCUGCCUCUACCCCCUUCCCUACCUCCCUUUUUCUCUCUCCUUUUGUCCCUCUGUGAUGGUGCAUCUGCAGUGGAUGCUUGGGGCCGGCCUUGCUGUCACAAGUGAGUGA